AUGCACCGCCUGUCGACCACAUCUUCCAGGUCUCUCCGUCGUGCUGCAUCCCAAGCGCCAGCUCUCACGCGAGGUGCUCAUAAGGAGAUCAAGUUUUCAAACGAGGGCAGAGCAAGCAUCCUAAGGGGCGUUGAUACCCUAGCCAACGCGGUCAGUGUCACGUUGGGCCCUAAAGGACGCAACGUUAUCAUUGAACAGUCCUUCGGUGGACCCAAAAUCACAAAAGACGGCGUGACUGUUGCAAAGUCUAUAACGCUGAAGGAUAAGUUUGAGAACCUUGGUGCACGUCUCGUACAAGAUGUCGCCCAAAAAACCAAUGAGAUUGCGGGUGACGGUACCACCACUGCAACUGUUCUCGCCCGUGCUAUCUACUCCGAGGGUGUGAAGAACGUUGCCGCGGGUUGCAACCCCAUGGAUCUUCGUCGUGGUUCUCAGGCAGCCGUGGACCGUGUCGUUGAAUACCUUGCGACGCAAACGAAGACCAUCACCACGACCGCAGAAAUUGCUCAGGUUGCGACAAUUUCUGCCAACGGUGAUACCCAUGUCGGGAAUCUCAUUGCUCAGGCUAUGGAGAAGGUCGGCAAGGAGGGUGUUAUCACCGUCAAGGAAGGAAAGACCAUUGACGAUGAGAUUGAAGUCACCGAGGGCAUGAGGUUUGACCGCGGUUUCAUCUCGCCUUAUUUCAUCACCGACGUCAAGGGCCAGAAGGUUGAGUUUGAGAAACCCCUCAUUCUCCUGAGCGAGAAGAAGAUUUCCGCUCUGCAAGAUAUCCUUCCUUCACUUGAAGCCGCUGUCCAAGCUCGUCGUCCUCUUGUCAUCAUUGCAGAGGAUAUCGACGGUGAAGCACUCGCUGCUUGUAUCCUCAACAAGCUCCGUGGUCAGGUUCAGGUUGCGGCUGUUAAAGCUCCUGGGUUUGGUGACAACAGGAAGAGCAUUCUUGGGGACCUUGCCAUCCUCAGUGGUGGUACCGUCUUCACCGAUGAGCUUGAUAUUAAGCUUGACCGUGCUACUCCCGAUUUACUUGGCUCUACGGGCAGUAUGACGAUCACCAAGGAAGACACUAUCCUCCUCAAUGGAGAAGGCUCAAAGGACGCCAUUCAAUCCCGAUGCGAGCAAAUCCGUGCUCUCAUUGCUGACCCCACUACCUCCGACUAUGACCGCACUCGCCUCCAAGAGCGUCUAGCCAAGCUUUCUGGAGGAGUCGCCGUCAUCAAGGUCGGUGGUUCCAGUGAAGUGGAAGUUAGUGAGAAGAAGGAUCGGUAUGACGAUGCUCUCAACGCCACUCGUGCAGCUGUUGAGGAAGGUAUCCUUCCUGGUGGUGGUGUUGCGCUUCUAAAGGCUAGUUUGAUACUCAGCACCACUUCUCCUGCACCCAACAGUCCUACUGUCCCUUCGUCGUCUGACCACAAGCCCAUUCCUACCGCCAACUUUGACCAAGACCUUGGUGUCUCUAUCAUCCGUCGUGCACUUACCGGACCCGCCCGUGCGAUCCUCAACAACGCCGGUGAAGAGUCUUCAGUCAUUGUCGGCACUCUUCUUGACCCUGCCAAGUACGGUAACAUGGACAAGUUUUCUUGGGGUUACGAUGCUACUAACGGGGAGUAUGUUGACAUGAUCAAAGCUGGUAUUGUUGACCCGUUGAAGGUUGUCCGUACCGCUCUUGUUGAUGCAAGUGGUGUUGCGAGCUUGUUGACGACGAGUGAGGCCUGCAUUGUUGACGCUCCUGAGGUUGAGAAGGCUCCGGGUAUGGGUGGAAUGGGCGGUAUGGGCGGCAUGGGCGGUAUGGGAGGUAUGGGAGGUAUGGGAGGGUUCUAA